CUGCCCCCAACCACUGCCGCCUCUGGCCAGAGGACUCCACUACCCACUCCACUGACUGCUUUGGAGGUUUCACACCAGAGAGCCACAGAGAUGGACUUCGGCAUGUCUGUAGCCCUGAGCAAGAGAUUCCAAGGAGGGAAAGCGUUCGGCUUGCUGAAAGCCCGGCAGGGGAGGAGGCUGGAGGAAAUUAACAGGGAAUUUCUCUGUGACCAGAAGUACAGUGAUGAAGAAAACCUGGAGGAAAAGCUCACAGCCUUCAAAGAGAAGUAUAUGGAAUUUGACCUGAACAAUGAAGGAGAAAUUGACCUGAUGUCCCUGAAGAGGAUGAUGGAGAAGUUAGGUGUCCCAAAGACCCACUUGGAGAUGAAGAAGAUAAUCUCCGAGGUGACAGGUGGGGUCAGUGAUACUAUCUCCUACCGGGACUUCGUGAAUAUGAUGCUUGGGAAACGUUCAGCAGUCCUCAAGCUAGUCAUGAUGUUUGAAGGAAAAGCCAACGAGAAUGCCCCCAAGCCUGUUGGUCCCCCUCCUGAGAGAGACAUUGCCAGCCUGCCCUGAAAACCCCUGCUCUGCCUGCCUGCCUACUUCCCUGGCCAGCACUCAGCGGAGCUUCUUUUGUCUCCUUGUGACUUUUCUUAUUUGUUCCUUAUUGCUUUGUGUUUUUUGU